UCUACCAUUAAAAAUCAGAAAUUCCAAAAGUCUUAAAUUUAAUUCGAGAAAGUCAACCGGAAAAGUUGAUGAUCUUGUGAUGUCAGCUGCAAAAUCAGAGGAGAAUCAGGUGCCAAAAGUUGGCGAAAAAUUAGUCUCU